AUGAAACGCACCCAGGUUUGCAACCCGAUUUUCUUAAUCGAGGAAUGCCCAUCCAUGCGCAACCAACGUAUCCCGUUCGAGACGUUAAUUCAAGCCACAUGCAAUAGCCAGAUUAUUGACGGCUUUCGAGUUAUGUGGACGCGAUCGGCGGAAGACACGGUCAAUUGGCUGGCCGCGCUGACGAAUCACCUACGGGAGCGUGCAUCUGUACGGUGCUAA